AGAAAGUAGGGGGUGAGGCAGGGGCAAACUCAGGAUUGAAAAUAACGACCUCUGUCUUGAGCUCACUGACCUCCAUGUGCUUCACACCACACCACGCAUAGAGACGAUUAAGGCUCUCCUGCAAGGACGCUGGAGUCGUCCCGAGGAGAGCCAAAUCAUCCGCGUAGAGCAAGGCAAAUACGACAAUAUCGAUCAGGCGCAGCAGAGGAGCAGUAGCCUCGCGACCAGCCCGAAUAUACUCAGGUAGGUUGUCGAUGAAGAGACGAAAAGUGGGUUUUUGUGGAUGUUGAGGGCCACAGACACUGGUUUGGCCGUUUCUGAAAUGCUGCAUUCACAGUCGUGCAGCCAAAUGUCCAUCAUGUCGGAGAUCUCUUGUUAGUAGCUGUCGUUGCUAGUCCACUCAUUCAACCAUGGCGUCCAAGUCGGGAGGAGCCAAGGGAGGCAAGAAAUCCGGCAAAUCUGAGCCGGCGGGCGGAAUGGUGCGCAGAUGCCCGCGGAGAAGGAAGAUGUGCAUUCUCUGGCUGUGUGUGUGUGUGCGUUCGUGUGUGUUGCAGAAGCAGAGCAACUUGUACGCCUUCUUCAAGGCCGCCCCCGCGACCAAGUCCAUCAAGAAGGAGCCUCGUGCAGAGCCCGCUGCAGCAGCUGCUGCUGCUGCUGCUGUCAAGCAGGAGCCCGUGGAUGAGGACAUCGAAAUGCAGGACGCCAACGCAGGGCCUGACAAGGUGACUUGACUGCAGACAUGACAUGACAACGCACAAAGAUGAAGAGAGGGGGAGAUCACCCACCCACCCGUGGCUGUGUCUUGCCGUCAGGCAUCGUCUUCGGCCACCAACAACCCGGCAGCCCUGUUCAAGAAAUCCAAAGCCAACGCGCCUCGAGCUGCAGACGAAGAGUAAGCCAACCUCCUUCUCAGAUACACACCACACACACACCACACACCACACACCCUAACACUUAUUCCCCCGUGUGUGUGUGUGUGUAUCAGCGACGAGGACGUGCCGGUGAAGCGUCGCCGUCUGCGGCGUGUGCAUGACGAGGGAGGGGAGGGGGAGGGGGGCGGGGGGGACGAUGUUGAUAUGGGGGACGACGGCAAUAUGCUCAUGGACGGCGGGGCAGACCCUGACGAAGAUAUGGGUGUAGGGUGGGUGAGUGAGUGGAAGAGCACACGGACACACCCACACAGACACAGACAGGCGGCAUAGCUGUGCACAGACACAGACAGGCGGCAUAGCUGUGCUGUGUGUAUGUGUGUGUCAGGGUGGCCGUUCUCGUGCCCCCUCGUCGGUUGAGAUGCCGAAGAUCAGUGGCUUGGCGUUCGACAAGACCUCACCGUCGCAGGACUCGCCCGACGAUGCCGUCUUCGUCCGCAACCCCAAACUGGUCCGCGCACUCGAGAAGGAGCGCAAGGAACACCGCGCACGGUAAUCUAAUCGAGGCACCCCACCCACACAGUCCUUGGCCACCCCGGACAGACACGUGUGUUGCGAUCAUGUGUGCGUGUGUGUGCGCGUGUGUGUGCGUGUGACAGUGAUCGUGUAGAGGAGCACCAGCAGCGUUUGUUGUCGUGCAAGGCGGCCCUGACGUCGCCGAUGUUUGCUGAGUACGUCGAGACCUUCUACAGCAGCGACGACGGCAGCAGAUUCCCAUCCUGGCUCAACCCUAUGAAAAUCAAAGGUGGACGAGACGAUACCACUAGACAGAGAGCAAGAGGGAGAGGGAGAGGGAGAGAGUGACACAAGUGUGCCCGGUGUGUGAUGUGGUGUAGACAAGCGUGGCCGUAGCCCGUUUGACGAUGACUACGACCCCUCCAGCAUGAGAGUGCCCAGCCCACUGCCCAAGGUAAGCAAGGGCAUUCACUCCUCUGGCUGGCCUGGCACACAGUUGGUCUUGUCGGUGUGAUCUGACGCCCUCCCUCCCUCCCUACCUCUAUUGAUGCCAUCGGUCCACCAGGACGAGAAGGCCCAUGCGACGCCCGCGAUGGCUCAGUACUGGGACUUCAAGAAGGACAACUUCGACAAAGUGCUCUUCUUCAAAGUGCGUUAGCUCAGCGGGUGCCCACUGCCCUGGGGCACACACGCACACGCACAUACGCAUGGGGGGCGUCUCACAUGCUGUAUGCGGUGGUUUACAUCGUCAUCGUCAUUGUCUGUCUGCCUGUGUGUGUCUAUCUCGUGAGAUAGAUGGGCCGUUUCUAUGAGAUCUUCUACAUCGACGCCUUCAUCGCAGCUCGGGUGUGCGGCCUGCAAUUCAUGAACGACCAGAGCAAGGUGCCCACCUGGACACACCACACCACACACACGUGACGUCACGCGUGUGUGUCUGUGUGUGUCACGCCACGCCUGUGUGUCUGUGGCCUGCCUUGCUGCAUCGUGCAGCCCCACUGCGGCUUCCCCGAGCAGGCGCUGCAUCGGUAUGCAAGUGAGAUGGUGGAGGCGGGCUACAAGGUGUCAGUCAUCGAGCAGAUGGAGACGCCUAAGGAACGCGACGAGAGAAACAAAGCCACAGGCAAGGAAGGAAGAACUCACGCAAGCAAAGCACCAACCACCAAAGCCGCGUGCGCUAUGGUGGUGUGGUGUGUUGUGGUUAGGUGGCAAGAAGGACAAGGUGGUGGACCGUCAGGUGUGUGAGGUGUACACCCAAGGCACACUCGUCCACGAUGACAUGCUCUGUAAGCUACACACACACACACACACACAUGCGACCCGCCACACCUGCCUGUCUGCCUGUGUGGCACACAGCCCCUGAUGCCAAGUAUCUGCUCGCACUCAGCUUCGAAGACCCAUCCGUACGCACACACCCAUCACAUCACACCACACCAAACCACACAUCCAUCUCUUCCCCCCCGCCCCCUCUCUCUCGGCAGAUGAUCCUUGCGAGUGAGGGUCGCGAGAACGACGGCAACACCGACGAGGAGGCCGACCCACUCGCGGACCCGCUACAGCAGCAGCAGCAGCAGCAGGGGGAGGAGGGUGGGGGUAGCGAUGACGAUGGAUCCCAUCGGUUUGGGUUUUGCUUCGUGGACGUUGCCUCGUGCAAAAUCAUGCUGGGCCACAUGAGGGACGACCAGUCGAGGUCAGCCAGCCGCACACACAGCACUAAAGACACACAGACGGAUGGACCUGAAUGUGUGUGUGUGGAUGUGUGUGUGUGUCAGGUUGAAGUUGUCGACGUUGCUGGCGCAGGUGAUGCCGGUUGAGGUGGUGUACGACCCCGCCACCACUCCUGUCGAUGUAGUCAAACUCAUCCGAAUGGUGGGUAGGUAUUUAUGGAUGGCCGCAUCGCAUAUACACACAGGCACAAAGACAGACAGACAGACACCACACACGCUUCCUGCCUGCCUCUGGUGCGGUGUGGUGUCUGUGUCAGCUGCCCGCCCCCCCACAGAUGUCGCCCAACAGCAACUUCCCCUCACUCAUGGGAGCUGAAGCGGUCAUAAACACACACACGCACCUCUGAAAUGGCACACACAGCAACCAAUUCUGUGAGUGUGUGUGGCUGUAGGAGGUUGACCGUUACUUCCCGAUGGACAGCGACCGUGCGAUGCCGCAGGCCCUGCAGGACGGCCGCAGACACCCCAGCCUACUGUGUGCGUUCGGCGGCAUCUGUGACUACCUGCGCAAAAACCUCCUCGACGAAAAGGAAAGGCACACGCAACGCAAUGCGCAACUGGUGCAGUGCAGUGCCUUGUGUUGUGGUGCGUUGUGCAGGUGUUGCAGUUUGCGGACAUCGAGACGUACGAUCCGUUCAACCAGCGGCACCUCAUCAUGGACGCCACCGUCCUGCGCAACCUGGAAAUUCUGCAGACACAAGAGGGGUCAGUGCAGUGCCUGACCUGACACACCUGACACAAUCGCUUAUCUGGCUGUGUUGAUCUCUCUGGCAAAUGUGCGUGUGGUGUGUGUGUUUGUGUGAUAUGGACGAACAGGACUGAGAAGGGUUCUCUGUUCCACUUCCUCAACCACACCUCAACCAACUUCGGCAAACGACUCUUCAAGUAACGAACGGCACACUCGACACCCCAAGUGCGGUGCGUGGCAGCCCCCAUCAUGAUGUGUGACGGCCUCUUGGUGGUGUGUGUAUGUGUGUGUAGGCGUUGGCUGUGCUCGCCGUUGUGUCAGGAGCGUUUGAUCGACGAGCGGCUCGACUGUGUCGACUGGCUCAUGCACAACGACGAGACCACCGGACGACUCGCUAAGGUCCGCCAUCCAUCCAUCCAUCCACACACACACAAAGUGUGUUGUGCUGUGUGCUGUGUGCAGGAGAUGUCCAAGCUGCCUGAUGUGGAGCGGAUGUUGGCCAAGACCUGCCAGCAGGGGCUGAGGGUCAGUCACUUCAGUCAGCCGACCGACAGCACAGCCACCACACCCGCCUUUUUGUCCGUUCUGUUGUGUGCUGUGUGUGUGUGUCUGUGUCUUACCCAUGGUCAACCAACCAGGGUGAGCGUGGUGCGGUGUACUUCGACGACGAGACGCAGAAGCGCACCGGCGAGUUCAUCAAGCUGCUCGACGCUUUCGACAAGAUACAAGUACGCACCGCCAGCACACUGUACCAUCACCAUCACACACACAGGUGCACAGACUGAGUCGGUGGGGGAUGUGUGUGAGUGUGUGUGUCCUGACCCUUACACAGGAUAUGGUAGAGAGGUUCUUCAGCGGCCCCAAUGCCGUCUACAAGCGCAGCGGCGGCGGCAGCAAAGAGGACGCACAGCCACAGCCCCUCCCACGCAAACUGGAGGCACUCACCAAACUGCAGGUGGCUGGCUGGGCGAUAUACCCACUCCCUCGCACAUCAACCACACCACACCACACCACAUGUCUGGAUGUGUAUGUGUAUGUGUGUGUCUGUGUGUCAGAGUGCCGACGCGCCCGAGCCAGGGAGCGCUGCGGGCAUGUUUCCGAAUCUGAAGGAGAAGAACGCCCAACUGAAGGCCCAGAUCGACACGCGGGGCGACGUCUACAAGCCUGCUCGGGUCAGUCACCUCACCCCCUCUCUCUGUGUACACGCACAUUUUAUGGUCCCGACAUGUCAGUCAGGUGUGUGUGCGUGUGUGUGUCAGGGUGCUGACGAGGAGUAUGAGGAGGUGCAGAAGCGCAUCCGGCAGAUCGAGAAGAGCCUCAGCGACGAACUCAAAACCAUCGCUCGCGAGUGGCGCAUUCCGUCUGCCAAGUUCGUCGACUCAAAACACCGGUCAGUCUGCAGAACGUCAAGGCCUGCAGCACAUCUUGCUCCCACGAUAUAUGCGGCAUUCAAUGGGGUGUGUGUGUGUGUGUAGUUAUGAGGUUGAGGUGCCUGAGAAGAGUGUCGACCGGCAGUCGGUGGACGUCACCUCAUCGAAAAAGGGCUACGUCAGGUGGGUGGAUGGGGAUGGAUGGGGGCCUGCAGCCACAUCCAUCCACUUUGUCGAAUCUUCGCCUGUGUGUGUGUGUGCAGGUUCCACACGCCCGAGAUCAAGCGCCUCAUCGGCGAGCUGGAAGGUCGGUCGGUCAUCACGCACACGCCACACCACACACAUAUGACUAUGUGUGUGUGUGUGUGCAGAUGAGGAGGAGAGUCUGAAGAACAGCUACUACCCCUUCCUGCAGCGGCUCUUUCGCGAGUUCUACGAGGCCUAUGACUUCUACUGCGCCGCCGUACGCAUCACCGCUGAGAUCGACUGCCUCAUCUCACUCGCAAAAGCGUCACUCGGCAGCGGAGGUGGGUGCGCCAUACACCACCACACACACACAGACCAGCUCGGAAUUCCACAUGUGUGUCGUGUGUCAUCUUGUGGUGUGUGUAUCUAAGAUGGUCCGAUGUGCCGCCCCGAGUUUGUGGAGUGGCAGGAGGGGGAGGCGGCCAUGCUGGAGCUCAGAGAGUGCAGGUUGGUAUGCAUGUCGAGUGACUCGACCACAGCGAUAGAUACCUAUUGUUGUGGUGGGGCGGUGUAUUGCAUGGUGUGGUGUCUCUCUCUCUCGGUGUGCUCUGCACUGCAGGCAUCCGACGGUCGCUGCGCAGAUCCCCAACUUCAUCCCCAACGAUACGUGCCUCAACACAGGUCACUCACAACAAACACACAAACCACCACACGCGCGUGCUGUUGUGAUGUGAUGUGUGCGGGUGACCCUCUGCCUGUGUGCAGGUGGUGUGGACGGCGGUGUGUUGCUGGUGACUGGCCCCAACAUGGGCGGCAAGUCCACCGUCCUGCGGCAGACGUGCAUCGCCGUCAUCAUGGCACAACUCGGCACAUACGUACCCGGUGAGCCAACACAGGACAGGACCCCCAGCCAAACAGUAUCGAUGUGUAUCACUCACUACUCACUUCAGCGUCCAGCUGUCGGCUGACGUGUGUGGACAAGAUCUUCACGCGCAUCGGUGCCCACGACGCCAUCCUCGAGGGCAAGAGCACCUUCCUCGUAGAGCUGGAAGAGACCUGCCAGAUGCUGCAGCGGGUAAGUAAGCCGAACCGACCCCUCCCGGCCGGCCGGACGCCCCCAAACACACACGCUGGCUGGUUGCUCAUCUCAUCCGGUGUAUGUCGCGUUCUGUGUUUGUUGUCAUGUCAGGCCACCCCCCGCUCCUUGGCAGUGAUCGACGAGUUGGGUCGCGGCACCAGCACCUUCGACGGCACCGCCAUCGCACUCGCGGCACUCGAAUACAUCGCAAAGACACUCAAGGCAUGCCUUGACCACCACACACACACACUAACUAAUGCCUGCCGAACCCCCGGUGUCUGCCUGUCCUGUGUGUGUCCGUCCGGGCCGGCAGUGCCGUUGUCUCUUCUCGACCCACUUUCAUUUGUUGUGUGAGGAGUUCCGCGGCAUCCCCGAGAUCAUCAACUUCCACAUGGCGGCCGACGUCAACGACGACACGGGAGACGUCACCUUCCUCUACAAGUUCCAGGAGGGGGCCUGCCCAAAGUCCCACGGCAUGCACGUCGCCAGGCUCGCCGGCAUCCCCGACAACGUACUCAGGUCAGCCAGCCAGCUGGUGGUGCGGGGUGCGACUCGCAGGCAGCUGUGUGGACCGUGUGUCUGCAGGGCGGCCGCAGAGAAGUCCCGCGAGCUGGAGGUCAUCACGACAGAGUUCUACCAGCUAACACGGUAAGCAUGAUUGGAGUGGCUGAUAUAGAUAUCCACACACACACGUCUGCUCCUCCUCCGCCAUUGGUGUCAGGUGCCGGAAGGUGGCCCGCCAGCUGCUGGGUCUGAUCAGCACUCUGGCGGGCGACGACCCCGCAGCCAAGGACAGGGCGGCUGCCGAGCUGUCGGCCAUGCAUGCCGACUACCACACACCCAACAGCGCGCUGCACGAGCUCAUCAUCAGCAGCAGCGCGGCAGGAGCCGACACGCCUAUGAUGGCUAUGGAUCGGGGAGGCGGGCUGCAGUAGACAGACAGACAGACAGGAUAGAUAGGUGGGUGGAUGGGACGAACGAAUGGUGUACAUACAUAAAAUACAUAACACACAUAUAGCAUAGCAUACAGACAGCUGGCCUGGCCUGGCAAGGAGGGAGGGGACGGACACACUGAUGGAUGGAGGGAUGGAGGGAUGUAGAUCUAGCCACUGCUGUCUGACGGAUCAAGGACAGGUAGACAGACAGGUAGACAGACAGGUAGACAGACUGACAGAGGGAGGGAGGGAUGGGAGAGGAUUGAUGCAUUCCGUUUGGUGCGGUGGGUGGAUUGUGUGUGUGCGUGCGUAGCCAUAUAUAGCUGACUGCCUCGUUUGGCUCUCCUGCUUGCAAUUGAAUGGCCUUGUAC